AUGCCUCAGUGCUUCACGAAUAAAAUGACUAUUGUUCCUUGGCAUGUCCAACUUCGCGCAGAGCUAUCGACCAAGACCUGGUCUACUGCUUGCAUCCAGUGUAACACUCUAGGAUCCAGCUGUGUAGAUACUGUAUAUAACCUUAUAACAGCCACCUUUCCAGGGGCAGUCGUUACCAUUAUGCAUCCCACAGAGUGCUGCCUAAACGUUGAUUGUGCGCUUCACCAUAAGCAGCCCGUCAUCAUUGCUAUUGAUAUCUAUUGUCCAUUAGCCUAUGAUUCCGUAGUGUGCCCUGUGGUCCAUGUGUCAUCGAAGGGGAUGAUCGGUGUGAGCAGCUUGAUUGGCCUUUUACGGCGACCAUCCCUUCAUCCUGGCCACGUCUUAGAAGGAGACGCCCCUAGCAGGCUGGCUCUCCCUGAGGACGCCGUUCUCCUCUUUGAAAAACACCUCUUGAUGAAAGCACGGAUAUCUGGAAUCCCAAAGGGGCGCCGCCUCUGCGUAAAUGGGGACAACUGGCUGCUGCCAUUAGUAGGCGGCAAUAUAAAGCAAAGCAUCAAGCAUGUCGCGAUUUAUGUCGAGUCUUACGGGCAAACACCCUUAGAACACGCUGUGGCUAUGUCGCACUCUCUUCUGUCAGAAGAUGACGACGAAGAUGCCGGGUGCACUGCAGGGACUAAGAUGGUUGAAGACUUUCUGGAUAAUGUGCGGUCCUUUGCACUUCCAGGCUACUUACGCCUUUUCCUGUCCAUCCUGGCGACUGCUUCUGAGGUAUCAAUUGAGAAGUUAACACUUAUCGACGCACAGACAUCGCUGCUGAGCACAGUAGAGGCCCCUGAAAUAUGCAAGCUUAUCUCCACUGCGCUUGCAGAUGACAAGCACCUCAUCAAGAGUCGUCUGAAAUACUGUAUCAAUCCACUUUCACUUGAAGCAGUUGGGCUGAUCAUUGGGGAUGCCCGCUCAGAGACACUGGCUGGCGCACGUGAACUAAAGCAAGUGCUCCGCAGAAAGGGCAUUGCUGCACAAUUGUGCUACUUUGGUCCCAAGCUUGAUGAGGCCAAACUAGGGAACUUUGCCAAGCAGUUCACAGCAUUUGUUUUUGUGGCUCGGUGUCCACUCCUAGCUACUCCGUGGCUAAAUUCAAAUUUCCGCCGAAUUGCGGCUCAUUACAUUCCGUGCCUAAGCUUAUAUGAGUUACGAUAUUCGCUGGGGGAGCCUAAGCCGUUCUGCUAUGAGUACGAUAGCGACUUGCAAGCAUGCAUUGCACAUAUUUGCGCUUUGUGCGCUGAACAGUUAGAGUGA